CGGGCAGCCGGGGGGAAUCCGCCCGCAUCGCCGCCCUCGCCGGCCGGGCGGCCGCGGGGCCCGGAGCGCCGGAGGCCGGGGCUGGGGCGGCACUGCGCGGCGGCCACGGGGUCCCGCUAGAGCAGCCUCCGGCGGCUAUGCCGAAGGCCCGGAGCGGCCGGCGGAGCAGGGGGGCCGGCGGGAGGGAGGAAGUAGACCUUCUUGCGAGUGCGAGCCAACCGGCAGACCCGACUGAAUGCUCGGAUUGGGAAAAUGAAACGGAGGAAGCAAGAUGAAGGGCAGGUAUGUCCCCUGUGCAGCCGCCCCCUGGCAGGAUCGGAGCAGGAGAUGAGUAGGCAUGUGGAGCAUUGCCUUUCUAAGAGGGAAGGCUCCUGCAUGGCUGAGGAUGAUGCCGUGGACAUCGAGCAUGAGAACAGCAACCGCUUCGAGGAGUAUGAGUGGUGCGGGCAGAAGCGGAUACGGGCCACCACUCUCCUGGAAGGUGGUUUCCGAGGCUCUGGCUUCGUCAUGUGCAGCGGCAAAGAGAAUCCGGACAGUGAUGCUGACUUGGAUGUGGAUGGGGAUGACACUCUGGAGUAUGGGAAACCACAGUAUCCUUGGGGCACUGCGGGACAAGGGUCAGUGUCUCAGCUUGGGCCGGGGGAGCCCUCCUGAGGAUUCAACCCUCAUGGCCCACCGCAAACUAGGAUCCAUUGUCCUUGACCACCGUGCCAGAUACACGGAGGCCGACGUCAUCCCCUGCACAGGCGAGGAGCCCGGUGAAGCCAAGGAGAGAGAGGCACUCCGGGGCGCAGUCCUAAAUGGUGGCCCUCCCAGCACACGCAUCACACCUGAGUUCUCUAAAUGGGCCAGUGACGAGAUGCCAUCUACCAGCAACGGUGAGAGCAGCAAGCAGGAGGCCAUGCAGAAGACCUGCAAGAACAGUGACAUCGAGAAAAUCACCGAAGAUUCAGCUGUGACCACGUUUGAGGCCCUGAAGGCUCGGGUCAGGGAACUGGAGCGGCAGCUAUCCCGUGGGGACCGUUACAAAUGCCUCAUCUGCAUGGACUCAUACUCGAUGCCCCUAACGUCCAUCCAGUGUUGGCAUGUGCACUGUGAAGAGUGCUGGCUGCGGACCCUGGGUGCCAAGAAGCUCUGCCCUCAGUGCAACACCAUCACAGCGCCCGGAGACCUGCGGAGAAUCUACUUGUGAGCUAGCCACCCCAGGCAGGCCUUGCCUCGAGUGCCCCAUCUGCCCCGCCUGUGACGUGACCCCCCCUUGUACAUACUUACACACAGGUUCCCCGUGUACAUACAUGCACACACGAAUGCGCACACACAUGCACACACACAGGACUCGAGCCAGAGUGGAGGCUGAGGCCCAGGCCCUGCCUGCUGGCUCCCACCAAGACUGGGGACCAUACCUGUUCCAGGUUCCGUUCCCAGGGUGGGGCAGGGAGGUGGGGGUAGGGGGAGUAGCCAGGCAAGGCUCCUGAGAUCCAGCACCCCCCCCCACACCGACUGACAGAUGGACAGACAGACAUGCAAACACCAGACUGAAGCACAUGUAAUAUAGACCGUGUAUGUUUACAAUGUUGUGUAUAAAUGGGACAGCUCCUCACCCUCUAUCCCGUCCCCUGCCCUUUGGUUGUAUGAUUUUCUUCUUUUGUUAAGAACACCUGGAAGCAGUGCCUCUUUCAGGGCUGGCUGGGGGCUCGGCCCAUCCACCUCUUGGGGUGCCUGCCUCUCCCUCCCCACUCCCUCUCCCGUGGUUCUCUUCCCUCUCCCGUGUGCUCGGUGUUCAGUGGUGUAUAUUUCUUCUCCCAGACGUGGGGCACGUGCCCCAAGGGACAUGAUCCUCUCCUUAGUCUUAGCUCCUGGGGCUCCUCAUAAGGAGUUGGGGGAGGGGGGAGGCACAGGAAAUGGGAACCGAGCUGAAGCAGGGGCUGAGACUGGGGCUGGAUGAGGGUGCUCCUGGCUACCCAGCCUUCUGCAGAGAACCUUUCCUGGGAUUAGACUGCUGUUCCCAGGGAAAAGUGUUUGUCUCCCCUGCCCUUCUUGUGGGCCCCAUGGUGUGAUGCUGUGUUUGUAUAUUCUAUACAAAGGUACUUGUCCUUUCCCUUUGUAAACUACAUUUGACAUGGAUUAAACCAGUAUAAACAG